GCUUACCGUAGUUGUUUAGAACAUGUGGAUGAACCUGAACAAGUGCGCAGCGCUGUGAAAUGUGAGUGAAACCAACGAGAAACUACACCUAAAAAGCCGGAUUUACAUCCAUAACCCCCGUGCGGAUCGGUGAGCUCCUCAUGGCGGGUCAGGCUCCGCCGGUGGCCCGGGCCGCGGUGCUGAAGGAGAGCACGCCUCUGCCGGACAAUCUGCCUCAGAUCAGAGGAUACGACUUUAACCAGGGCCUGAACCACAGAGCGCUGCUGCAGUCCUUCAUCACUACCGGCUUCCAGGCCUCCAGCUUCGGCCUGGCAGUGCAGGAGAUCAAUAAGAUGAUAGAGAAGAGGCUGGAGCCGGUGCAGGAGGAGUGUGAGGACAGUGAUUCUCGUCAGUCUGCUUUGGGAUGCACUAUAUUCCUGGGCUACACGUCAAACCUGAUCAGCUCCGGUGUGCGAGAGAGCAUCCGAUACCUCACACAGCACAAGAUGGUAGAUGUGAUCGUGACCACAGCAGGAGGGAUUGAAGAAGACCUUAUUAAAUGUUUAGCUCCAACUUUCCUUGGAGAGUUCAGUCUGAAAGGAAAAGAGCUGCGGCAGCAAGGAAUUAAUAGAAUAGGUAAUCUCCUGGUGCCGAAUGAAAAUUACUGUAAAUUUGAAGACUGGCUGAUGCCGAUUCUGGACCAAAUGGUGCUGGAGCAAAAAACAGAGGGCACACACUGGACACCCUCCAAAAUGAUCCACAGACUGGGCAAAGAAAUCAACAACCCUGACUCGGUCUACUACUGGGCCUACAAGAAUGACAUCCCAGUGUUUAGUCCCGCCCUCACUGAUGGCUCAUUAGGCGACAUGAUCUACUUCCACUCCUACAAGAACCCUGGACUAGUGCUGGACAUUGUGGAGGAUAUUCGUAGGCUGAACAGUAAGGCGGUGUUCGCCAAGAGCACAGGGAUGAUUAUUCUCGGAGGAGGACUGGUCAAGCACCACAUCGCUAAUGCUAAUCUCAUGAGGAACGGGGCAGAUUUCGCAGUGUUUGUUAACACUGGGCAGGAGUUUGAUGGCUCGGAUUCUGGAGCUCGACCAGAUGAAGCCAUUUCUUGGGGAAAGAUCCGCAUGGACGCCUCACCCGUAAAGGUCUAUGCUGAUGCGUCAUUAGUUUUUCCACUGCUGGUGGCUGAAACAUUUGCUCACAACGCCAGCAGGCUGAUCCAGGAAAAGAAGAGCGACUGAUGGUGAUUUUGCCUUCAUGAAAACAUCUAAAGCUCAUUAUUUUCCUGUUUCAUUGCCUUCCAGUGCAGAAGAUGUGAAUGCUCUAUUUAACGUCACAACGUCAUAUUUAACUAUCCAUUUAAAUAAGCAUGGCAUAUUUUUAGCCAUAUUCACAGUUGCGUUUAGUUGUUUUUAUUUGACCGGAAAUUCCCUUUAUGUUCAUCAGGUUUUAUAUUAAAUUGACCGCUUUAUUUAGAAGGUACAAUGUUUGGCUUUAAUUUAUUGUUUUAUUUCAUCCCUCGCUGUAACACACAGCAUCUUAUGCUUAUUUGUUUGCUCAGAUAAAAUACAUAAUUGUUACAAUAGAGAGUUCAUUUAUUCCAUAACCUAAAUUAUUGUAUAAAUAUAUACAUGGGUUUGUAGGGUGGCUAUUGAUGCAUAAUAAACAACACUGCAUAAUAGAA